UGCCACUUCUUACUUCACCGAGAUGUUUUCAAACUUUUGAUGACUAAAAUUUAUAUUUUAAUAAACCCCUUUAAUAUUGCAACCUGUGUAUGUGUGUUUAGAAUUGUGCAUGUGUUUAAAAUUAAAUUCAGAUCUCGUGUAGAAGUUGUGAGAUUUGAAUCACUUACUGACCUACAUUUCGUGAACACAGUGCAUACUAGCUGGUUCGGAAGGUUCUCUGUAUUUUGCGCUUAUGGCGUAUUGAUAAAUUAUACCUCUACUCCGCAAUAAAGAUGGAUAUCGAGAAUGUUGAAGAGCAGCUCACUCACAAGGAGACGUCCCGAGCGGGUGAUCUGGCGAACGAGCAGCGCUGCGAUCCCGCCGCGCACGUGUGGCCGCUGAGAACAUUCGGUGAUCCAGUAUGGGUUCCCUUCACCUACACUUUCGUAGAACAUGUUAAAGGGGACUCCUUCGGAAUGCUGAUGGCAAUUGCGAGCUUGCUGCCGGUGUUCAUCGUGGUUGGCUUUGCUACAUUAAUACUCUUUCGCCGAGAUCUCCACACGAUUGUGUUUUUUAUUGGAAUGUUACUUAAUGAAGGGGUUAACUGGAUCUGCAAACACGGAUUGGGUCAUCUGCGCCCUUGCACCAAUCGGGUCCACCAUGGGUCUAUUUAUGCAAUGCCUUCCAACCAUUCGCAGUUUAUGUGGUUUUUCUUUGCGUAUUUCACAUUUUUUCUGCUUUUCCGACUACAAAAAUCUAACCCGACACCUCAACAGUUGCAGCUGGGAAAUUGGCUGUGGAAAUCGGUUGUGAUAAGUGCUUCGUUGGCCGCAUCUUGUGUUGUGGCUUACAGCAGAGCUUACCUACACUAUCAUUCUUCUUCGCAAGUUAUCUUGGGGUGUGUGUUGGGUUCCGCUUUGGGCAUCGGCUGGUUUCUGGUCGUCCAAAAUGUUCUGACACCAUUGUUUCCAGUCGUCGCUUCGUGGAAAAUUUGCGAAAUUUUGCUGAUUCGAGAUACGACUUUAAUCCCCAACAUUUUAUUUUUUGAAUAUUCAAAACAAAGGGAGGAGACUAGUAUUCGCAUGCGAAAACUUCGGACAGGGAAUCGAAAUCACUGACAUUCUUUAUGAGUUGCAUUGGUAUUUCUGAUGCAUAUUUUGUGGCUGAUGAGUUACACUGGGAACUGAGUACUCGUACGGAAAGAUUUACUGUGAUCGCGACGUGAGAAAGUGUUUUCACCGAAAACGGAGGGAAUCUAUGGAGCGUCAUACGACCGGUGAUGACUGUGUUGUGUAUAUGAAAAGUUGCCUUUUCAAGAAUGUACUCGUGCUCUUUUCUGUGUGUGCAUCUGACCUUUUUCUCAUCGAAAUUUUGGAGUUGUGCCUUUUAAGUAGUGUCUUAUGGUCUGUUUUUACUGGUGUGAUGUACAGAGCAAUCCCGGCUUCAUUCCUCUCAAACAAUGUUGGGUGCAAGGUUUAUCUUUGCAAAAAAAUUUUGGAAUCGAAGUGUGCAUGAACUUGAAAACUACGGUACAUAAUUAGAAUGGCGAGAGUUG